GAAUGUUAAUUCUUGUGUGUGCCAAUUAUGUGUUUUAGGUUAUAACUUCUUGCUAAGUUACGCAUUUUGUAUAGUAUAAUUCUUUCUUAAUAUUUUUUUUUAAUUCAUAUUCGUUACAAUGAAACGCAAAGUUAAAGACUUGGAUGAUGAAGAGAGCAGGUUGUCAUCGUUAUUAUUCAAUAAAUCAAAAAAAUUCGUUGAUAAUCUCUCUACUCCUGUUAAAACUGAAAACGAUUUGGACUUGAAACCAGCAUGGAUUGACGAAGAUGAUGAAAAGUUCGGAGUUGAUAUCAUACCUGGGACCAAGAGCAAAGCUCUGUAUGUUCAGAAACUUAAAACGAAAUACGAAACAUUGGUAGAAACUCCGAGUUGGGCUAAAGUAUCAAAUUCAUCUACAGAAGAGAAAAAGUCAGAGGAAAUACUUCGCACUGUAGGCCACUUGCAGAAACCAAAAACAAAAGGCCUUCGAAAAGAUAAGCUAGAGUUGAAAACAUUUCCGAAAGUCAAUUCAGAGACAGGUAAUGAAGGUCCUCGAAUUUCUACUGUAGUAUUUCAUCCCAAAAUAAGUGUUGUACUUGUAGCAGGGCAGUCUGGUAUUGUUUCAUUGUUUUCUAUUGGCGGUGAUGUUAACAACAAACUCCAUAGUUUUAGCUUAAAUAAAUGGAAGGUCACAACUGCUCAGUUUACACCGGAUGGCUCAGAAGCCUUUAUAUCGUCAAAACUACAACAUAAUUACUGUGUUUACAAUCUUGUAAAAGCUGAACCAAAAUUAGUCCAGUUACCUAAAGUAGUAAGGAAGCCCAAAAUAUUCAAAUUGUCUCCAGAUGGAAAAUAUAUAGCUGUUAGUGAUGGCUUGGAUGAAGUAUUUAUAAUUUGUGCGAAGUCUAAAGAGCUGUUGAGAUCAUUAAAACACAACAUGAAUGUUGAAUCAUUGAUAUUUAGCCAUAAUUCUGAAUUACUUUAUUGUUAUGGUGUUCAAGGAGAAGUAACUGUGUGGGAUCUGUCAACAUAUAGAUCUGUUCGGAAGUUCUAUGACAAUGGCUGCAUUUCGGCAUCCUGUAUAACAAUGAGCGAAUGUGGGCAGCUUUUAGCUACUGGAAGUGGUGAAGGAAUUGUUAAUAUUUAUGAAACAAAUAAUCUCACUACGAGAGAACCAUUGCCGCUUAAAACAAUUUCGAAUUUGACCACUAAAAUAACAAAUCUUAAUUUUAAUCCUACAUCAGAAAUAUUAUCAAUAUCAUCAAGCUACCUUCCUAAUGCAGUAAAGCUUGUACAUAUACCCUCUUAUCAUGUAUUCCAAAAUUUCCCAACUCAAAAUUUGCAACAUGUUGAGGCAGUAAGCUUUUCACCUCACAGUGGUUAUAUGGCUCUUGGGAAUAACAAGAGUUGUGCUUAUUUAUAUAGAUUGAAAUAUUACAAGAAUUAUUAGAAAAUAAUGUCCAAAAUCAUUCAAGUAUGCAUAUUUAUGAUGAAUUUAUUUGCCAUAGAAUGCUGUCUCUAAAAAGCAAACUAAUCCCUGAGUGCUAAGCUAAAAACAUGCUAACUAUGUUAGCUAAAUAGAAUUGAAUAAGGUAACCUUUUUAUAUUAUUAGUAAAAGGUUUUAUAAUUUAAUCUGCAGCUAACAUCAGAGCCACAAAGGUGACAAUGUUAUAAAUUAAUCAAAUGACAUCAUACAGAUGUCAAUUUUUUUUAUGUGUCGACAACCUUAAAAAUAUAUUUAAAAAAACUUGAUAAAUCAUCCUGAGAUACUGAAUGAUUUUAUACUAUGGUAAUAAAUACAUGAAA